AUGGAAUCCUCUGCAGGCCCUGGGACGGCUUUGCCCAAAUACCGCAGUGUGGCCACGACCCUGAAGUCCCCUUCCAGGACUGGCGCUGCUCCUCCUUGGGGACUCUCCUUCACCUGCCCCUUUGCCAUCCAACACCUUGUAGAAAGGUGGCAGAUGUCAGAGUUGGCAUGUGAAGAGAAGGCAGUCAGAUAUGCAUCUUACCACCCGUGUCUCCACAUGGCUGACUCAGCAUGGCAGGGGCCUGGCUGGUUGGGAAGAGUUGGAGAUGCUGCUGACACAUGGGUCCUGGCAAGAAGGGGACCAGAUGGCUUUUAUUACCGGGCUCAGAUAAAGGCUGCUCCAGAGCUGGAGAGACGGGGCGCCCUGCUUGUGGAAUUUGAGGUUCCCCUCAUCACAGACCUGAAGCUGCCAGCCCAGUGGCAGAAUGUGGUCUUAGAAGAUGAUGUCAUUCAGUUCUUGCCAUCCAUGGAAUGCUUGCUGCGACCUGGGGACACGGUGCUUGCCCCCUGGGAGCCAGACCAACAGCGGUAUGGCCCUGGCACCAUUCUCUUGGCCUCAGAGGCAAGAGACCCCCAGAGAGCAUCAAAAGAAGGAGAAAUUACUGUUCACUUCUGGAAUGGCAAGACAGCUAGUGUGCCUAGAGGCGGGGUCAGGUGGGUGCCCCCUCCUGUCUGGAAGAAGGCUGUGGGGAGGCCGCACAAGCCUUCAAUCAAGGAGCACGCUGGCGCCCUCCUCUGGGCCCCUUGCUGCUCUCCACUUGGACCGGCUGCUGGAUGGGUCACCAAUGGGCUUUCUCCGGGCACUCCGUUCCUGUGUCCUCCCUGCGUCCCCCAGGCCUGCUGCCAACUGCUGGGCCAGGGCUGCCUCUGCCCUUGCCCCUUGGCUGGACCUACCUGGUGGCCUCUAACCAGGGCCAAAGAACAUCCAGAGGUAGAACUGAAGCCCACAGCACCACGUUUGCCCCUAGAGGGUCCUAAAGAAGAGGAAGGAGGGGUGCAAGCUCCCCUGGGGGUUUCUUCUUCUUCCUCUUCCUCCGAAGAGGAUUUGGAGAAUGAUCUGCAGGUUAGCCUCCCCCAGAGGCUGAUGGUGGACAGCACAGUCAACACAGACCCCAUCCUUCUUGAGAAGUCUCCAAGGAGGCAGGGUGGCCUAUGCCAGCCCGAGUGGAGGUAUUGGAGGAGAAACGGGUCCCAGCCGCACCCUGGGAAGCCAGGAACAAGACAUGGAACCAUCUGGAGAGAAAAGAGGGGCAACAAACAACAAAGGGUACAGAGUGUAGUGCUGGGGAAUACGAAGGAGCUGGUCCUGGAAGCAAGCGGCGUGAAGCCACCACAGAUCCUGCCAGAGGACGGUGAACACAGAGAAUGGAGUCCGGGAACAGCGACCCACCAGAGGGACCAAAAUGCCCUCAGACUGAAAGCCCCGAGGAGCCAGGUAAAGCAGGAUGGCUGGGAAGGGGCUCCUAAGGACUCCUCAUGUGGUUCUUCAUGCCCCUUUUGAGAAUGAGAACUCCCAUGCUGUCUUUUCCCAGGAAAAUGCACAUACCCACGAUUUUGCAUUCCAUUUCAGAAGGCUUACAGAACCCACAAAGCUGAUCACAGGCUUCUUAUGGAGGUAAGGAUUCCACUUAAGUGACACUCUUGACCCUACGGUGAUGGGCAUGGGUCUGCCUGACUAGGCCCUCUGUCCAUGGGAGUCCAUUCCUCACU